AAUCUAAACGUUAUCGACACCACUUCGCAACGAAAUUCGACCUAUUUCCGAAUAAAAGUUCUAUUUUUAUAACCACCACCACCAAAAAAAAAAAAAAAGUAAUCGAUCUACAUUACUACCUUAAUGGAUUUUGUAACUUAAAAAGUUUUACGGAAGAAAUCUAAAACGAUAAGAUAAUUGGGAACCGUAAAAAGUAAAUAUGAAGAAAAACGUAUACAUACAGAAGUUUUAAACUGUUUGAUUAACAUCGGUUGGUGUGGUUCGAUGUGGUUCAGUCGAGCGGCAAACGUCGUGAGGAGCGCGUAACAUAACCUAAAAGUGUUCGCGGACUAGUUUUUACCUAAAUAAUAGUGAAUUUCGUGGAAUCGAAACGUUUCCUGUAUGAAGUAGGUGAAAUGGCAACGACUAAAGAAGUAGGUGUCGGCGAUUUCGUCCUUUUGGACAAAAUCGACAUCGACAAUUUCAUGAAAAACUUGGAACAGAGAUUUAAACACAAUUACAUUUACACUUACAUCGGGGAAGUAUGCGUUUCAGUAAACCCUUACAAACUCCUCAACAUCUACGAUUUAUCCUACAUCAACAAAUACAAAGGAAGGGAAUUAUUCGAAAAUCCACCCCAUAUUUAUGCAAUAGCUGACGCUUCUUAUAAAGUUAUGAGACAACAAGGUCGCGAUACUUGCAUAGUUAUCAGCGGUGAAUCGGGUUCCGGAAAAACCGAGGCUUCUAAAAUUAUCAUGAAGUAUAUAGCCGCUGUUACAAAUCAAGAUUUAGACCUAUAUCAAUAUGGUUCUGGAAUUUACAAAAGAAGUGCAGGUGGUCAAAAAGAAAUUGAGCGGGUUAAAAACGUCCUAAUACAAUCGAACGCCGUUUUAGAAGCAUUCGGAAACGCAAAAACUAACAGAAACGAUAACUCAUCCCGUUUCGGAAAAUACAUGGACAUCCACUUCGAUUUUAAAGGAGACCCUAUCGGGGGACACAUCAACAAAUAUUUAUUAGAAAAAAGUCGCGUUAUUUACCAACAAAACGGCGAAAGAAAUUUCCAUUGCUUUUAUCAGUUAUUAUUCGGAGCCCCGGAAGAGCAAAUAAAAAAGCUCCAUCUAACGAGGAAAGCUGAAAACUACCACUAUCUCCGUCAAGGAAAUUGUUCCAUCGUAAAUACAGUCGAUGAUAAACGCGAUUAUAAAGACGUAAUGUCAUCAUUAAGUACCCUUCAAUUCUCGAAAGAUGAUAUCGACACACUUUGGAGAGUAGUCGCCGCCGUUUUACACCUGGGCGAUAUCGAGUUUAAAACGGAUGACGAUAAAAUACAAUUAAAAGACACCAAAGAAUCGAAAGAAGUCGCGAAUUUACUCAAAGUUCCUCACGAUGAGCUCACAAAAGCCCUUUGCGAGCGGGUUAUCGCCGCGCAUGGGGAUAUUAUGAGGAAAGAACACACUCAAACGGAAGCUUUUUAUGGUCGAGAUGCGCUUGGAAAGGCGGUUUAUGACCGAUUGUUUACCUGGAUAGUUGGGAAGAUUAAUUCGGCGAUUUCCGUUGAUGAUAAUAAUAUAAGUAAACACUAUCGGAGUAGUUUAAUUGGAGUUUUAGAUAUUUACGGGUUUGAAAUUUUUGAUAAUAACAGUUUUGAGCAAUUUUGUAUUAAUUAUUGCAACGAAAAGCUCCAACAAUUAUUUAUCGAGUUAGUUCUUAAGCAAGAACAAGAAGAAUAUAACCGAGAGGGAAUCGCUUGGCAAAACAUCGAAUACUUCAACAACCAAAUUAUUUGCGAUUUAGUUGAAGCCCCUCAUAAAGGGGUCAUUGCGAUUUUAGACGAGGCUUGUUUAAACGUCGGGAAAAUAACCGACGAAAUGUUGUUAGAGGCGAUGGAUAAUAAGUUAAAAAAUCACCAUCAUUACACUUCCCGCCAAAUAAAACCCUCCGAUAAAGAGUUGCGCCACAAAAUCGAUUUCCGAAUCACCCACUACGCUGGAGAUGUGGCUUAUUGCAUUCACGGAUUUUUAGAUAAAAAUAAAGAUAGUUUAUUCCAAGAUUUUAAGCGAUUAUUGUUUCAUUCUAGCGAUAAAAACAUAUCGGAAAUGUGGCCAGAAGGCGCGCAACACAUCUCUCAAACAACGAAACGCCCCGUAACCGCUGGGACAUCAUUUAAAAACUCAAUGGCUGCUUUAGUACUAAACCUACAAAGUAAAGAGCCCCAUUAUAUCCGUUGCAUCAAACCCAACGAAAUUAAAUCCCCCAUUACUUUCGACGAACAACGAGUUCGCCACCAAGUAAGUUAUUUGGGGUUAGUUGAAAACGUUAGAGUUAGAAGAGCCGGAUUUGCUUAUAGACAACGUUACGAUCGCUUCAUAAAACGUUACAAAAUGAUUUCGCAAUACACUUGGCCUAACUUCCGCAAUGGCUCAGAUCGAGAUGGAACCCGAGUGAUUAUGGACGAAUUAAAAUUUAGCGACGACGUUAAAUACGGUCAUACAAAAGUAUUUAUUCGCUCACCGAAAACUUUAUUUGCCUUAGAACAACGCCGGAACGACUUAAUCCCGUCGAUUGUGACGUUAAUUCAAAAAACGUGGAGAGGUUACGUUGCCCGCGAACAAUACAAACGAUUAAAAGCCGCUUACAAAAUAAUAACGAUUUAUCGAUUCUACAAAUUGAGAAAUUAUUUGGACGCCUUACAAUCGAAAUUUAAGAACGCCAAAAAUAUGAGAGAUUACGGAAAAAGUAUUAAAUGGCCCGCUCCGCCUUUACCGUUGAAAAACACUGUUGGAAUUCUCCGAGGCGCGUACAGGCGAUGGAGAGCUUACAUGAUUUUGAGUAAAAUCCCCAAAUCGGAAUGGCCCCAGUUAAAAUUAAAAAUCGCGGCCGCUUCCGUUUUUAGAAAUAAACGACCCCAUUUCGGGUUAUCCCGGAAGUGGGAGGGAAAUUAUUUGAGUAUUCACAGCGAAAACGUCGCUUACACACUUUUUAACGAAAGCGUUAAUAAUUUAAAGAACACCCAACAUUUUAAAUCGGUGUUAUUCUCUUCUUUUAUCACCAAAUUUAAUCGAUUUAAUAAAGUGGCGGAGCGAGUGCUUUUGGUGACUGAGAACGCAAUUUUUAAAUUGGAUACCAUGAAAUACAAGAAUAUGAAAGAGGGGAUUGAUGUAACGGCGAUUACUGGAUUAAGUGUUUCACCAGGACAAGAUCAGUUAAUCAUAAUCCAUUCUGGAAGUAAUGAUUUGGUGAUUUCGUUGCAUACGGUUACUAAUGAGGAUAGAAUAGGGGAAUUAGUCGGUGUUUUAUGCAAUCGUUAUUUUGAAUUGAAAAAAACUGAUUUACCGGUGACAGUUAAUAAAGUUUUAAGCUGUACUUUGGGGAAUAAACGACGACAAAUCGCAAUUCAGGUUCAAUCCGACGUGGAAAAAGCUACGUUCAGGAAAAGCGGUUCUGAUAUAGCAUAUUUACUGCCAUCAAGUUACGCCGUUAUGGAGAAUGGCAACAGUCAAUUCAAAAAUUAGAAACAAUCAAAGUAUGUUAAUUAUUAAAUAUUUUACACUACUUAAUUUAAUCAUGUGAUUCUUACACUAUACAUCACAGAGACAGUGCCUUUCGUGCAAAUCGACUGUUAUUAAUUAUUAACUUUAUUGUCUAACUUUUUAAGCUAUCAGAAAGAUAUAAGAAUGUUGGACUUAUUUAGUAUUGUUCGUACUUACACAACGACUUUUUAUUUAGUUAACUUAAAAAUUAGGCUUUUUCUUUGUGGAUAGUCGUUUUAAAAGCGAAAAAAAUCGUUCUAAAAGAAGGGUUUAUUGUACUGAGCUAUCAUUUUAGCGAUAGGUGCCAUUAAUUAAUUAAUAUUAUUUUA